AUGGAGAUGAAGCAGCAUAACCCUAAAUCUUCAAACAAGUUACGGAGGCCAGGAGAUUCCUGGUCGGAGCUUCCUUCAGAUCUGUUGAAUUCAGUGUUCGAACACCUUGGCUUUGCUGAUUCUCGACGAGUUGGAUCCGUAUGUUCGUCUUGGUACUCCGCUGCGAAACGAUGCUUGGCCAAAAAACAGAUCCCUUGGCUGAUGAUUUUGCCAGACGAAGAUGACGAGAUCGAAACCCAUUGGUGCACGCUGUUCAAUCCCGAGGAGAAUGGCAAGCUUUACAGAAUGCGAGCUGAUGUGUUCGAAUUCGCAAAGAGCUAUUGUUUAGCAACAUAUGGAAACUGGCUCCUUAUGGUAGAUCAUGGGUCUGAUGUCUACAUGUUGAAUCUGUUUACCCACGAGAGGAUCGAUUUACCUCCGGUGGAGUCACAACUUGGAACGACAAAGCUGGAGCGAACCUCGGAAGAUUAG